AUGAAAUUCAAGGUUUCUAUUCUAUUGAUUUUUGGUUUCCUAAUUGGCUCCGCCUCCUCCUCGAACCUCUGCAUUUCGAAGACGCUCUCGUUCUGUCAAUACGGAUUCAAUCAGAAUUUGAAUGUGACAAGCACGACGGCUGAUUGGACCAAUCCUGGAACACUUAGCUUCAUUAUUAGAAGCUAUUAUUUACAGGGAAUCGAUGGUCUCCUGUCCGUAUGUAACGCCCGUCAACAGUUCGCCCAAUGCCUUGGCGAUCAAUACGAUUCGUGUAUGUCAAAAUUGAAUUUUAUCGCUUCUGGCGAGUCUCCAGAAGACGCUCAGGCCUACGUUCAGCUCUUCAGAACCAUGGAAUUCGAUUGUGAUGGAGGAUUUAUUCAAUCUUCUAGAAACUGGCCAUGCAUUGCUGCAGUUCUCCAAACCAAAGAGGACAUGCUCAAUCAGUGUCGUCAGACGUAUAAUGAUGCCUUGAAGAAGGAUCCCUCCUCUCUCUGCCAAUCGUCCGCCGACUACGAGACUUGCUACCGUCACUUCUUCUUCACCACGUGUGGUCCAGAAGUCUCCUGGUGGGCUUGCGAACGCACCCGACGUGGCUUAUCAAUCGAUACCGACUGCCCAAUGGACACUUGUAGUCUGGUGGCUUCUGGAGUCUCUUCUGGAGACGCAACUUCUUCUGAAGGCGUUCAGAAGGUGUUCGAAAUGAAAACAAAUGCUGCUCUGGUGAUGAGACAGCUUGCUGCUGGCAAACAUUGA